AUGCGUAGUGGUGGAGUUGGGUCGGCACUGGUGCGUCAGGUACAAGGUGCAGAUGCGCGGGUCUCCAUGGCCGUCGGUGUAGGCAGCAAUGCCCAUGUCAUAUUUGUGCGCGGAGACAGACCCCAUCAGAACGGUGGACGGGCACCAUGUACACGGCCCUAGGUUUGCUAGAGGGAGCUGUACUGUCUCAGUAACCUGGUUUUGCCAUCAAAGGAGGAGAGGACAGGUGGUGACGAGCUGAUUGGGCUGGUUGACCCUUCGGCGCGAGAAUUUCCAGACCAAGAACCCUACGUGCAACGAGGGAGAAAACGAGGAACCGACUGGGGAAGCACAGCAACGAGAGCGUGUACCAACGGAGCGGGUCGAGUUUGGUCGUGCUAGGACUGGCCACAGCGGCACCGGAGCAGCGGCACCGGAGCAGCGGAACCGGAGCAUGCGGACGACAUCGAACCGUCGCGCACGGACAAACAUCUCUUGUGUUGUCAAUUAUUUUCCGUUUUUUUUCCUGAGUAUAGGUGUU